AUGUCGGAUUUGUCUUCGGUUGGGCACUACUACACUAGGCAUAAUCAGAGGAUUGAUAAUCCUAUACAUAUUAAGUUGGAUAGGGUGUUUGUGAAUGACAAUUGGAUGUCUUCUUUCCCGAAUUCUUACUAUAUUGUUAGUGAUCCAGAUAUUUCUGAUCAUUGCCCGAUCAUUCUUAAUCUGGACUCUAUCACUAACAAUAGUAAGCGCUUCAUGUUUAAGAACUACUGGAGCAAAUUACCUGCGUUUUGGAAUGAGGUUCUUAAGGUUUUUUCCCUCCCGACUUCUGGCAGUCUUAUUUUUUAUCAUUAUCAUAAGCUUAGGGAGCUUAAAUUCAUUCUUAAGCAAAGAAAUUGGAACUCCUCUAAUUCUCUUAGAGAGGAUUUCCAUAAUCUCUCUCUAGCUCAAACGGAGGUUUUUUCUAAGCUGCAACAAUAUCCUUUAAACCACACUCUCAACACAAAUCUUAAGUCUAUUAAUUCUAUGCUUUGUGAUCUUAAAGCUAGAUUACUGGAUUGGGCUACUCAAAGAAGCAAGACUAAAUGGCUGAAGGCUGGAGAAGAUGAUUUAAAGUUUUUAUAUGCAAAUAUCAAUAUUAGACAUAACUCUAAUCAGAUUAGAGGUGUGUUGGUGGAUGGUACUCUGUAUACUUCUCAAUCUGAUGUCAACUUUGUCUUCAUCAAUCAUUUCCAACGUCUCUUUAAUGCAACGCCUCCUUCUGGGUCUAAUCCCCCCCCCAACUGGAAAUUAUCUGCCGGCUGCUUUGCUUAA